AUGACGCCGUUAAUAAAGUUUACGUUAUCAACAAUAAAGAUGAUGAAAGUCCAUAUUCAAAGUGCUAGAAGAGCGUUCAGAGAAAUUCCUCAAAAUCAGGUUGCCACAUUAGCAAUAAUUGAGUUAGCCGAAGACCCCAUAGAUGCAGAAAAUAAGAAAAUUCCCAAUGUAACAGUAUCCAACUCAAACACUGAAGACACAGCCACCUCAAAAGAACACGAACAGUCGUUGAAGAUGACAACAAUUAAUACAAUCAAUAUGCAGCCACAGGACGAAAAGAUAUUAGCUCGACCUAUCGAACAUAUCGUACUAGCGGGACCAGAAGAUCGCAACAUUUUUAAACAAAUUAUUAUUUCUUUUAAUACUUGGGUUAAGUGUCCACCAGACGCACUGAAAAUCUGUGUCGAUGUUGGAAAUCGAAUACAAGAUAUCUUUCUUGUACUAGAUGAUAUCGAGGAUGGGACGACACUUCGCCGAGGAUUUCCAGCUGCACAUCUGGUUUAUGGAAUUCCUGUAACCGUCCAUGCUGCGGUGUAUAACACAUUUCGGUUAAUGCAAAAAUUGUUCAGCUAUGCAGAAAAUAGGGAGGACACCGUUCUUGAUGAUUUUAUUAUGUUGGGUAUCAGAUUCUUCACUGGACAAGGACUAGAAAUCCGUCAUAGAGACAUUCAUCAGUGUCCUACUUUUGACGAUUACGCUGUUCUAGUUCGUGCCAAAAAUACCGAUGCCAUCAUAUGGGGAGUCCGGUGCUUAAAAUUAUGUGCUAAGAACGAGGAAAUCGAGUUUGGUACAGACCUUUAUGACAAAAUAGGCCAAUUUGUGCAGAUAUAUGGCGACUAUAUUAAUUUGCACAACCCUAAGUACGCAGCAGUUCGUGUCUUUUGUGAUGAUCUUGAUGAAGGAAAAUUCAGCUUUCCUAUAAUUCAUGCCAUUCAAAGUUAUCCAAACGAUCAUCGUCUUCUGGAUAUGUUAAAAAAGAGACCACUGGAUAUGGAAAGUAAGAAACUUUUCGUUGACAUAAUGGAGGGUUUUGGAAGCUUCGAGUAUACACGAAAGGUGAUGGAAGAGUUGAAAAAUGGAAUUUUGGCUGACGUAGACAAAAUGAAUCUCAGAAAAAAUUCGUGUUUGGAAAGACUUCUUCAAGAUGUAUUCGACAAUUUAGAAACGGAAAUUUAUUACGACGGUUGUGACUAA